AUGGAGGGAGUGAGGCCCCAGGGCACCAGCGCUGAUCCUGUAACCAAUCCUGUCAAGCGCCCUCGACUCCAACAAGACCACCAUGCUCAACACGACCUAGAGGGCCCUAUGGAGACUUCCAGCUACAGGCUCACUUCCCUGCUGUUCCUGCCACCUGGCUCUCCCUUACAGCUGAACCUGGAUGACUGCGACCUGCUCUUGGAACCUCAGCACACCUCGAUCCUGGAAGUGUCCCUCCCAGAACACACCAUCCUCUUGGUCCCCGGAAGCCUCCAAGAUUCCACUGGCCCCAGACAUCCUGAGUUCUUGCCCUCAGACCAGCCUGACUCUGAUCUCCUGGACAUGCCGCGGGAAGUCAUAGUCAUCCAGCCAGGAUCCUUCAGUGCUUCGGUAAGAGACUGCAAGGGCCUGCAAAAUGUCUCUCACUCAGGGAUGCCAUGGAUGAAGGCUCCAUCUGACCUGGUCCCAGAGCUUCAUCUCUCAUCUUCUUUAUUUCAGGUUCAAGUCCCAGAUGGCCGCAUUCCUUCCGUCUCUCCUAGAGCAGAGGAAUAUGCUCCCUGGGCUUACUGGAGCCCCCAAGGCAGCAUGCUGGAGUUUCUUCUGCACUCACCACUGGAGCCUCCCCAUCCAUCUUCUCCUUCAAGCCACCAACAACAGUGCCCGCUGAAUCCUGUGAGACCUACUCGCCCUCCAUGCAAGGCCAGGAAGCGCCUAGUCUUUGAGGAAAAAUAGACUGCUCCAGAAACACACGGCGCCUGGGACUCUUCCCGGGAAUCACAGAGCUCCUGUGCAUACCCAACAAGAUAAUGU